AUGCUGCACCCCCUUCCUCUCUUCCUGGACACUUCAGGGAUCUGGUGGCAGGACCCGCCAUCCCUGGCAGCAGUGGAGGCUUCCUGGGACGUGACGGAGAUGGCAGCGCUGAGGAAGGCUGCAGAUGAGGACUCGAACCUGAGCCACCUGGAGGGGGACAGCACGGAGGAGCUGGCUGUGGCAGACCCAGAGCUGGAGGCCAUCAAAGCCAGAGUGCGGGAGAUGGAGAAGGAGGAUGAGAGGCUGAAGCAGUUGCAGCUGGAAGCUGAGAGCUGCCUCAUCAUGAGCUCGGAGGCAGGUCUCUUCCCAAAGACAACCGAGGAGAAGAUGGAGGUUGACCAGCGAUCCAUCUACGUGGGCAAUGUGGACUAUGGGGGCACGGCGGAAGAGCUGGAGUCCCACUUCAACAGCUGCGGGGAGAUCAACCGAGUGACCAUCCUCUGCGACAAGUUCUCGGGGCAUCCCAAAGGGUAUGCCUACAUUGAGUUUGAAGAGAAGAGCUCCGUGAAGGCUGCGGUGGAACUGGACGAGAGCGUGUUCAGAGGCCGUGUCAUUAAGGUGCUGCCCAAGAGGACCAACAUGCCGGGCAUCAGCACCACCGACCGCGGGGGCUACCGGGGCCGCUUCCAAGCCCGGGGAGGGCUGGCCCAGCGGGGAGGCUACUAUGGAGGGCAGCACCCGAGGGUGCGAGGGAGGACAUACAGGGGUCGAGCAAGGCUGCUGCCUUGGUAUUUUCCAUACUAG